CACCACUUGUACUUCUCGUACCUGAAGAGAGGAUCGGCUCCUGGCUACCAUCAUGAUGGGAAACUGAGGGAACAGACCGAAGCAACUCUUUUCACAAACUGGGUUCACACAUGCACACUUAUUUGUUUUUGACGGAAGUGGGAUUUAAAAAAACUAAGCAACAACAACAACAACACACAGAAACAGAAGGGGGGUCAUGAAUCAGCCGGAUGCACCCCGGCCUUUGAACUGGACCAUUCGGAAGCUGUGCCAUGCGGCUUUUCUCCCAUCGGUCCGACUCCUUAAGGCACAGAAAUCCUGGAUAGAGAGGGCAUUUUGCAAGCGGGAAUGUGUUCAUAUCAUAGUUAGCACUAAAGAUCAUCAUCGGUGCUGCUGUGGUCGUCUUAUAGGUCAACAUGUCGGACUGCCUCCUAGUAUCUCAACAAGUCAGAAUGAGAAAGGUGAAGCAAGACUUACCAAAAAUGACAAUCAGUCAGAGAAGUGGUCAAUUAGCAAACAUACUCAACUCAGCCCCACUGAUGCCUUUGGGACCAUCGAGUUUCAAGGAGGGGGACACUCCAACAAAGCUAUGUAUGUACGUGUUUCUUAUGACACAAAGCCUGACCUUCUUCUACACUUGAUGACAAAAGAGUGGCAGCUGGACCUUCCCAAACUUUUGAUUUCUGUUCAUGGUGGUCUCCAGAACUUUGAACUUCAGCCAAAGCUCAAGCAAGUGUUUGGCAAGGGUCUAAUCAAAGCUGCCAUGACAACUGGGGCAUGGAUCUUCACUGGAGGAGUCAAUACAGGAGUAAUUCGUCAUGUUGGGGAUGCAUUAAAAGACCAUGCAUCUAAAUCAAGGGGAAAAAUUUGCACCAUUGGCAUUGCUCCUUGGGGAAUAGUCGAAAACCAAGAAGACCUCAUUGGAAAAGAUGUAGUGAGACCUUACCAGACCAUGUCGAACCCAUUGAGCAAGCUGACUGUUUUAAACAGUAUGCACUCUCACUUCAUACUCGCAGACAAUGGGACAACAGGAAAGUACGGUGCUGAGGUCAAGCUGCGCAGGCAGCUAGAGAAGCACAUAUCUCUGCAGAAGAUUAACACCAGAAUUGGACAAGGGGUUCCAGUGGUUGCUCUCAUUGUUGAAGGAGGACCUAACGUGAUUUCCAUUGUUCUGGAGUAUCUAAGAGACACUCCUCCAGUGCCUGUGGUCGUGUGUGAUGGCAGUGGAAGGGCUUCAGACAUCUUGGCCUUUGGGCAUAAAUAUUCUGAAGAAGGAGGUGUCAUCAAUGAAUCUUUGAGGGACCAACUCCUGGUCACAAUCCAAAAGACUUUUAAUUAUAGCCGCACACAGGCUCAGCAUCUCUUUAUCAUACUGAUGGAGUGCAUGAAGAAAAAAGAGCUGAUCACUGUAUUUAGAAUGGGGUCUGAAGGACAUCAAGACAUCGAUUUAGCUAUCCUGACUGCACUUCUUAAAGGUGCCAAUGCAUCAGCUCCUGACCAGCUAAGUUUAGCUUUGGCCUGGAACAGAGUCGACAUUGCACGGAGUCAGAUCUUUAUUUAUGGGCAACAGUGGCCGGUUGGGUCCCUGGAGCAGUCAAUGCUGGAUGCCUUAGUGUUAGACAGAGUGGAUUUUGUCAAGCUGCUAAUAGAGAAUGGAGUCAGCAUGCAUCGCUUUCUCACCAUCUCCAGACUUGAGGAACUGUAUAACACGGUAGUGUUGAAGUAAUUAGCUCUACAUCAUUAAAAUUAGCCACAAAGACAACUUUCCUAGCAAUAAUAAAAAUAUUAAAGUAACAAGUUCUCAGUAGUCAAAUCUCACAGACCUGUUUAACAAGCAAGUAUUACGGCAAACACAGUGUAUUCCAUCAGACAGAACUCAUCCACUACAUUCUUAAUUACAAUUGUUGCCAUCAGGUAACAGCUUCAAGGCUCCAAAAUUAAAAAGCAACCAAUUCAAAUAUUCUUUUAUUCCAACUGCUAAUCUUUGAAAUA